CAGUGUGCCAGCGGCCGCCGUCGCGGACACACCUCGGGUCUAGAGGCUCUUGGCGUACAUACACCAACCACCUCUAUUCCUGGCGGGUAUAUUCUUAUAGCAUUUACCUUACAUAAACGUAAUUAACUUAACAAGCGUGCGUUCUGUGGUGUUCACUUUUGUAAUAUAUUCAUGCUUGUUUUAGUAUAAAGUGCCAGAAAAUUGGACAUAACAAAUACAGAUCUUGUGGGAUAAAGCGGCAGUGAAGUGGUUAUAGCAGAUAGUGUUACAACCUUGAUGAGUGAAAUGUUGGUGGUUGUGUGACUGAGGCAGUAGAGCGGAGAGCUGCAACAGGUGACAGCAACACACACACUGUGACGAUCCCCACCGGAAACUUGUUGUGUUGUGCCACUUUUGUGUUGUGUGUCCAUCCCGUGUGUCAAUCUCCCACAGUGCCGCUCUCAGCUACUGCUUUAUUGCCAGCCCGGGAGUGAAGAGUAAGACUGGGCCCCAUGAUCCCCUGACCCCCGCGAGGGUCAUUCCCAGGGUAUUUGUAAUGAACGGGUCACACGGCCGCCUCUCCUAUCACCACGACCACCUGCCUCACCACCACGACCACAACUUGGACCUCUCUACCUCCUCCCGCUGCUCAUCCAGCGACGCCAGGUGACAGAACGCCAUGCUCAGCACGGCGGGACCCCCGGGGGGCCUCCCGACGGCCUCAUGGGGCUCUUGGGCGUCGGCCUCCACCUGCACGUCGUCGUGCAGUUGGCACUCUACGUACUCACCGCGCAUGUCGGGGGAGGAACACACCCCUGUGUGGGCCAACCCCGGCACCACACCCUGGUCCGCGGGUCAAGACUCUCCCUGGUCUCUGCCUAUGGAGAUGACAGGUAUGGGCUGGGGGCCCAUCACCCAUUCUCCCACGCCCUCUGACACCGCCAUGUCAGUAAAGUCAGCCCGGGCGAGGCGACCCUCCGUGGUGGCCGCUCUCUUCACCGUCCAUGAUAUUCCUCAGUGCCAUAAUAUCCCCCGCUCGGCCUCGGCGCCGCCCGACCGUGCCCACUCCAUAGACGUGGGAGCCUUCCACAGAUAUUAUGAGGGCAGUGUGCUCGGCCCCGGAGCCUCCUGUAACACGCCCACGCCCACACCUGUCAACGACAACACUGGCAAUAUGUGCAGUGGGCUGGUGGGUGGCCCACUGUCUUCCCUGGUCGUUGCCGUGCCCACCAAGCUGGAGGGCUUUCUCAAGCUCUUCGCUCAGUCCCUACACCUGGUUCUGGCAGCCAUGUGCUCAAGGAAAGCGCGACGAAAGGAGCGGGACUGUCCGGCGGUGCCGGAACACGAGCACAAGCUGUACCUGGAGGAGGCGGUACUGGAGAGAAAGAUCCCAGAGACAGACCUCCGCCAGCUAGUAGAACUACCGCCUGGGCUGGGCUAUGAGGAGUGGCUCGCCUCACACACCAUUGACUUCUUCCAACACAUCAACCUGCUGUACGGGACAGUGUGCGAGUAUUGCACGAUGAGUGGGUGUCCUGACAUGACAGCCCCCACCACGCGGCAGUACCUGUGGUUUGAUGAAAAGGGAAAGAAGACGCGAGUUGCAGCACCCCAAUAUGUUGACUACGUUAUGACCUUCACCCAGAAGACCAUCAACGAUGAAUCAAUCUUCCCCACUAAGUUUGAAAACGACUUUCCAGUAUCCUUCGAGUCUAUUGUAAAGAAAAUCCACCGGUUGCUGUUCCAUGUGCUGGCCCACCUGUAUCACAGCCACUUCCGUGAGAUGGUGCUGCUUAACCUGCAUGCCCAUCUUAAUUGUAUUUUUGCGCACUUCAUUCUCUUCAACGACCGCUUCAGACUCAUUGAAGAUAAGGAGACGGAGAUCUUACACGAUCUUGUUGUAGCCCUCAAGCUUCACCCAGAGAGUGAACCAUCCACCUCUUCUUCCAGUUCCACAACCUCAACAACCACCACCACUGCAACAAGCUGUAGUCAAGUAGGAGGUCCUGACUGUAGUGCUAGUCCAAAUACGAGCAGCAGUAAUACAACUACUACAGCUGCAACGUAUAGCACUUUAUCAUUAGAGGGAGACUGUGGUAACUGUUCAACCCCUCAGGAGCAACAGUUGUCGUACCCGGCAGACAUCACCACAGUCACCAACAAUAGCAGUAGUGGAGUAACACCAGCAACAGGAGAUGCGGCGGCAGGAGGGUCUGGGCCCCCACUCCUGGAUACAGAAGCAGCGCCAGACACACGGCCAUAGUAAUCCCUCGAGCUAGUGAACCAAUGUAUGCGGGUACCCUGGCCUGGCCCCCGCCCCAUGCCCCAUUCCCUGUGUGGGUGGCGGGCACACACUGGUGCAGCACCUUAGCCUUAUCCAUGUGUGAUGGUGUCAUCUACAGGAGGUGGAGAGGCCAGGCGGGGGUUCCUAGGAAUAUGUUGUGUACAUAUGUGUUGUAAAGUCCUUAGAUCAUAACUAUUGCUAUACAAAUACUAUUUAUAUUUAUCCUGCGUUAUCACAUGAGCACACAUUCACCAUAAAGUGCAUUGUUUUCACCUCGACUCGUGGAGAGCAAGUCAGAAAAGGUGAACACAUGGCCAUCAGCAAGCUUUUAAGUAGAUGCAAAAUGAUUGUCAAGAAGAGUUUGGAUGCAAACUUUUUUCUUGUGAUUUUAGUGAAGUACGACAAAAAAAAUAUUUUUAUUAUCAAGUUGGUUUGGUUUGUCAGCUAAAACACAAUGGUGUUUGGUUCAUGUUCAGGUGCUUGGCAGGGAAUUAUUUCUCAAAACUGCACUGAUAAGUUUUGUGAUAUUAAAAGAAAAUUUCCAGCCAAGUUUCAAUUUUCUCUUGUUAUGUAAGUAGGCUUCUUAAGUCCUUACUAGUCGACAUGUGAUGUGUUUCCUGUUAGUUUUCCAUAUGCAGUACAAACUUCCCCAAGAAAUGUUUUAGUUCUCUUACUUUCCUUUGUAUUGUUAUUUGAAUUUGGUUUACACUGAGCACAGAAGCAUUUAUGUUUUAUUAGUUACCAGUACACAUAUACGUUACUUCAUUUUCAGUGAUAAGCACAUAAUUCCUUUGUAUUAACCAUUUCUUAGGUAUUAAGAGAGGUUUGAUGUACCUUUCUUUAUUAAAUAUGUACUUAAUUAUAAAAUGAGAAAGGGGUUGAUCAUAAGGAAAUUAUGUUCAAUGAACAAAACCUGCUAAUAAUUACCUCAGCAAAUGUGAAGCAUAAGACACUGUACUGGUUAGCUUUAGCAGUUCUAGAAGAGUCAUGCAUAUUCUGAGUAACAAUAGUAUCUUCCCAAAUAGAUAGAUAAUUAAAGACAAUAGGUCGCUUAUCAGCGUAAAAUGCGUCUGUUACACUGCAACUCCAGAGGUGGUCAUGUUUGUGUGUGGGCCCGUGUAUGGUAGUAUCCAAGAUAUUUUAACUAGAAUGUUGUAGGAAAGGGGAGUGUGAUAGUAUUUAUGCUUCUUCAGUACAUGUCUAUAAAAGUGACAUAAACAUGACCACCGGGGAACUGAAGGCAAUAAGGCCUCAUACCUUAUAAAAAAAUAUAUGGUUUAUUUGUGAUUUCAUCAAAAUAUAGACAUUUACUGUAUUUCACAAUUUCUUUUGUAAAUAUUUUAUUUACCAAAACACUUGUAUCAAAUGUCCUAUGAUUUUGUUGGUAAUAUUAAGAAUUCUAAUUUCUGAAAGUCCCCCUGGAGGUACAGUGGCACCGAGCACGACCUGGUAAUCUUUUACUAUCCCAACCUUCCUUUACUUCCCAUAAUUAAACUGCUCCUAGACCAGGCUGUUGCAGGGAAUUUAUUUGUCCUAGUGAAUUAUGUACUGUGUAAUUAUUUAUUUUUAUCUUGUUUGAUAGCUUGAGAUCAAUUCUAAUCAAGAUAGAUCUUGCAGGUAAGGAUUGCUGGAGUGAUAUGCUGAAUAUAUUAGAAUGUAUAUGCUGAUGUUGUUUGCCUAGUGAAAUAUUAUCAUUGAUGACAGGUAUAUUCCUUUAUCAGUUUGACUGAGAUGUAUAUAAUGCAGAGUUGUUAUGGUGAUCCUAGUGGUAAGAAGAGUCACAACCCUGGCGUGAAUAUUGUAUGUGAGCCCCAAUAUUAGUGUGCUUUAUAAGCCCAGGGCAGCUCACAGCUCUUAUGCAUCUUGCUAUGGAAAGACAGCCAGCAUAUCAUACACUGUGAAUCUGUCUUUUACAGCUUCCCAGAGCAAUGUUAGCAGAAGAAACGUCUGUUGUUGCAGAUUGUGAUAGGUGAGGCAAGUUGUGACGGUGACUUGUGGCAAGCCUGAGGAGGCAGCAGCAUUAGUGGCAGAGCCACUAAGGCACACACACACUCACCACCUUAGGCUUCACCUUGCUAAGCUUUAUGACUCAGGAUUGGACUUCCCAAAGUUUAGUUUAUUGCCAAAAUUGUGGCACUAAAUCUAUUAAACAAAAUAUUAGAGGUAAAAGUAAGCUGUACUUGCUCCUCCUUCAACUUCAUGGUAAAAUCCCUAUAGCCCAGAUAUUGAUGCAUUCUCUAGAAUCCUGUGUUCUUAUGAUGAUGAUGAUGUUUAUUGUCUUUCAUCUUCAUGGUACAGCUCUUUGUUGGAACUGUUAACAGAUUCAUAUAAUUUGGUCUUGAUAGUGGUGAUGAAAGAACCAGUUUCAGACCUACAUGCCUUCCUAGACUUUCUGUCUUAGUUACCGAUUUUACUGGUAAAAGCAGUGUGGCUUUUCAAUUUGAGUGAAUCAAUGGCAUUGUCACUAUUGCUAUACAUUGCAGUUGACAAGCAUUUUACUUGUUUUCUGACUUCCUCGUGAUAUGUAUGGAGUGUGUGGAAAGAUAUGAAGUGGGUGAUGGUGUCGGGUGAUGGCCUGGGCACUACAGUCAUGUAUCCUGUAGCUGUGGUAGUUAUGGUUGUGUAGCAUUGAGAGUUAGGGGAGUCUAAGCUGUCACCCACACCAAUAGCAGACCAAAACUAGUCCUGCCACCCUAGUGAGUGAGCCAAUCUCUUUUCUGCCAUGUGUUAUACGUCCCACAUUAUGGCCUCCCCCCACCAACACAUUGAGCAGCAGGCAUUUGUGCGUGUGUGUGGCUGCUGCAGUCCUCACGUCUUCAUCAGCUUAGUGCACCAGUGAAAAUUUGACUACAUUCAAAGGUGUGAAACCCUCUGGGUAGAAGGUCUUUUGAGUUAAAACAUAGGGCAUUAUUGAUUGUUAUAGGUGUAACUAGACAGCUGGCAUUCCAUAUUUACACAUAACUGCUUCCUGUUGCUCUUCGGGCUACAGGGUCUUGUAGUCCUGGGGUGGGUGGAAUAUAAUGAUUUGGAUAUGUCACUUGAUCCUUGAGCUUUAAGGGCAAAGGUGAAAUACUGUAUGCGAUUAUGGGAUGGGUUGGGGGAGGGUAUAGGGUGGGUUUGGGUAGGAUUUGGGAUAGGGGUGAGGGGGAGGCUGAUAAGGGUCACGCCUGAAGCACUUGUAGAGAACGGCGCGCGUGUGUCAGUUAUUCCUUGUGAUACUCUUGAUCCUCUAUGAUCAGCUUAAUGAGACAGGAAAUGUUUUAAGGAAUAAUUAUUAUUGCAAAAAUAAUAAAAAUAAUUUGCACUGA